AUGAAAUCUGCUCCGUUAAUGCUGGCCGGACUGGCCGGACUGACCAGCCUGGCCGUUGCUGGGCCAAUCAACGGGCGGCAAGCCAGGCCAACCAAAGAAGAGCUUUUUGUCCGCACGACUUAUCCUCCCACAAAAACUGACGUGCAGGCUCCCUUUGAGGCCGAUAUCCGUGUCGACACGAACCGCGAUGGCGUGGUAGACGUCCAGGGCUCAUCUGAUACAGAAGGCAAGAACAAGUGUACUGAAACAUCCGGCGCCAUUUUCCUCGCCAACCUUGGCGACUCGGGUGGCCGGUGCAAGCAACUCGGCCCAUCAAAGAACCCUAGAACACCGCGGGCGACGCUCGCCAAGUGCCACGAUGCCGAUGGUGACGAGCAGCACGCUCCCCAGAACAUGGCCCCAAUCCUUACCGUCCCCAUCCAGGGGCUAAGCAAGUCGGCCACGGCUACCGUGACGGUCUCAGAUGCCCAAGUACGCCCUCUAGUGCGUAUUUUCGUCGCUCGUAGCGAUGGCAGCUGGGAGAUUGUCAACAACAAUACGGUCUUCUCUGCUGAGGAGAUCAAAAAAGGGCUUACGCUAGGUAUUGAUGCUCGCGACACUCGACGUGCCGGCGGCUGGGAUGGCCGAGUAAGCGUCGACUUUACUAUCAAGGAUGGAGGGGCAACAUCCAAGGACACAGUUUGUCUACGCGUCGCCCCCGUGCUCCUCCAACACCAUCGCCAGCCCGUCCAGAAGGUCUUCGCAUCCUCCUUUCCCGGAUUAACGGGGAAGAUGAAAGCCCUUGUUGAAGGGAUCAUGAAGGGCAUUGAAGACAGUAUGCAAAAAGCUCAGGUUCCAGGCCCUUUGACUAGGCUACCUACCAAGGAUCUAUGGGCGCAGGACUACUUCGAGCCCGGAUACACAAGCAUGCCAGGACCAAACGGCACCGUCAUCUCACUACGUGUGAUGAUAGAGGGUAGACGCAACUACUUCGACUCAGCACGCCUUAUAUACACACAUCUUCGCGGCGACGGCGUGGGCGGGUUCAGAGCCCAGUCACGGGACGACUUCAAUCCGUGGGACGAACCCUUCGAGGCCGGCGGCAACAUGGAGACGAUUCCGCCCUACGAGUUCAAUGGCAAAAAGUUCCCGGCUGGGCGUGUUGUGGUAGGCGGCAAUGCGGCCAGAUUACCCCGUAUCGUCGACUUCUUCCGCGCCCAGGAGACGCAGGACCCUAUCGUCCUGGACUCGACCUGGCUCUCCGUCAAGCACGUUGACGAGAUGAUCCAGUUUUUACCUGCUAAGACGAAACGCGGCUGGAUCAUGAUGGCCGUCGAUCCACAGAUGGGCUUGACGCAGCUCCGUCAGGCCCAGAAGUACGGCUUCGGCGGCCAGCCUGUUAUCAACCAGCAGAAGGUCAAGUCGGGCCCAACAAUUGACGAGUUCCUCGCUCGACGGUCUAAUAUCAAGGCAACCGAGAUGAGUGCCAAGUACAUGAAGGCCAACAUUGAGCACAUAAAGAACGAAACGGGCCUUACCGACGCCGAGAUCUUUCUCCUGCCCAUGCUUGUGGGCGUCGACGAUGAAGUUCAUCAUUAUAUUCGACCCAGCUCCAAGCGCCAAAGAAGUGUCGUCGAGCGCCGAGACAACGAGACGAACUCAGCGUCGAGCCAGGAGGGGCUCGACGCUGAGUUCUUUGAGGAUAUCGACAUACACGGGCCUGGAGGGGACUCGGACCACGACACGACCACCGUCCAGCGCCGUCAAUGGCAGCCAUCGAAGCCUGUGCAUUUCGACUCGUAUCUUCCCAGUCUGGUUAAUGGCGUGCCCUUGUCCUACCGGCACGUCCUAGUGCCUAAGCCAUUUGGCCCCCUCAUUAACGGCCACGACAUAUUUGAGAUUGUAACUAAAAGUGUGUACAAAAAGGCUGGCGUCGCUAUCGUACACUUUCUUGACGGCUGGCAGUUUCACAAAUACAGCGGAGACUUCCACUGCAUGACCAAUACAUUCCGUGAUACUUCAGCGCCAUGGUGGUUGAAGCCCUUGUAG